UGGCAGUUAGUCUGUGGGGUCUUCACAACUCGACGGAUCAGAUUUGUUUCAUGAGUAUACAAGACACAGUGAUAUGGUCAACGCCAGCAGUGUUCAUUUCUCUGUCUACACUAGAAUACUAUGUUCGGUUACACACGUCAUCACGUCAUACCUUACCUGUAAGGUAACCAGCGUUACUAGUGCUAAUAAUCCAAACGGAUGCGAUAUGAAAACGGACGCUGCACAUGUCGAUAACGUUUGUCAAGGGAUGUCAACCUGAAGGUAUCAGACAGAAGAACAUCACUUUGAGGUUGCAAUACGCGAUCAGGCAACCGUGUUGGCUUUGAUGUUUGUCAAAUGGAUCCAUGCAAGCAAUAGCAGUGACAGCGACUUUCGAUGCCCGGGAGAUGAAUAUUAAUCAACACAGGCUUACUCUGUAGCUGGGAUAUUGAGUCGAUGACGUACAUCGCAACAGCCAUCAGAAUUCACACAUGUGCUAAUGGACGCUUCACAGCGUUUUGUAACAGGUGUUGUUUAUCUUAUGUCUGGGUUUCACACAUAUUAUGCUCUGAGGAUGAAAGCCGGGAUCGUGUUUUGAUUGAAAGUCCGAGAGAAGUAAUCCGAUUUUGUCCAGACAUACAGACUCGGAAACAGACGCCUGUAUGAUGUCUGGGAUUUGUACCUUGCAGUUUAUCAUCUUCUUGAUGUACAAAUCCUCGCAUGUUUUGACACUCUCUCUGAAUAUCUUGCUGAGUAUCAAGGAGCAUGAUAAAUGCCCACAUCCUGUGGUGUGCCAUAGAAAUGUAUCAGUCAAUAGUCAGUUAAAUGUGACCAACUGGCUGAUCUCGGCUUGGGACCAAUUUGCUGCGUCGAAGACAGUGAGAUCGGUACAUGGGGACGUGGUGAUUCUAGCAUCGCUCUCUCCCUGUCAACAUCACUUCAGUCCCUCCUGCCACGGGAAUGACAUCAACAUCAGCCUCUGCUCCGUGGUCUGCCCCGCCUUUCUAUCCAGCCAUAGAAUGUACAUUCAAUCAGUGUUCAGCGUCACAAACACAAAGCAGUCCUACUUUAAUGCCCUUACAAGACCCGAUUCAAUGGAGGUUGUCAUGAGAGGAAUUAAUUUGAUACUCGGUCAUGUGAAAUGGAAGACGUUCGUUGUUAUAACGUCAUCCUAUGAAGUUUUGACUACCCUGUCUGGAGGUAGACUGGCUUCUCUCAAGUUACUGCUGUAUAUGAUAGAUGAUCCCAAUAAGCCACAAGAAAGUAUUGACCUCUCCAGCAUAUACCAGCUGCUUCCAGAAAAGGACCUCAACCUUCUUGUGAUGUGUCCCUCCGAUUGUAUACAGAAGCUCCUUAAUCAGGCUCGCUUGCUGGAAUCGAACAUGUCAGUGACGAGGGCAUCUGGGGUCUCACAGUGGCUGGUGGUUCCUUCUUCUGGAAAUGUCAUGGACAUUGCACACAAUCGUGAACCAUUCAAAACUGAUGAUGUUGUUUUCCUGGAGUUCAAUCCGUGCUCUAGGUAUUAUUCACCACUGAACCUGGAGAUGAUCACGAAGCAUUUGUCAAGCUUGGAAAAGAUUCUUAUGACAGCUCAAGCGGCUGACAAAAUACAAUGGAUACAGAAGAAUGCAACCACAAGUGAAUCACCCUUUCAAGCUAAAAUGCAAAUUCUCAGUAAAACCCAUACUGGAACAGAUGUUGAAACCGUGGGCUAUAUUGGGAGAGAUGAAACAGUGGAGCUCAAGCAUCAGCUCUAUCACGGAAGCAAUUAUGGAUUUCACAACCGAACGUUAAUUGUCGGGACUCUGGAGUGGGCGCCAUUUGUGAUCAAGAGAGUGGAGAACGGUUCUGUCAGGUUCGACGGCCUUUGCAUCCAGCUGUUGCAGGAACUGGCCAAACAACUCAACUUCAGCUACACGCUCGUGGAGCCCGAAGAUAGGGAGUGGGGUCGGGUACUGAACGGAAGUUGGACGGGCCUGGUGAAGUUACUCUCCGCUGAGGAAGUUGAUUUGGUCGUGGCACCGAUGGCUGUGACUAAGAGCAGAUCGACAGUCAUCGACGUCACACUGCCAUUCUUCUACGUCAACUCAGCUCUUAUAUUCGGAAAACAAGAUUCCAAUAUCAACAAAUGGUUGACCCUACUCUCACUGUUCCGCUAUGAGGUUCUUGUUUGUAUACUCUUCUCCCUCAUCUUCUCCACUGUCUUCCUCUUCCUGAUAGAAGAAGUGACACCUGUCCAUUCGUGGACAGACGACAGACCCACGGAUAUGCCGACCCGUUAUGGGGAUAUAUUCUGGUAUCAUUUUGGAGCCCUAAUGGCGAACGGAGGAGCAUAUCUCCCCAACACCGAGUCCGGACGUACAAUGCUCAGCUGCUGGUGGCUGUUCACGGUGAUAAUGGCGGCUACCUACAGCGGUAAUCUCAUAGCCUUCCUCACCGACGGGCGACAGAAACCUCCCUUCUCCAACCUGGCUGGCAUGGCGCAGCAGGACACCUACCGGUGGGGGGUUGUAGGAGGAUCAUCGUGGGUCACUCUUUUUCAGGAAUCCAACAUAUCCGUCUAUCAGAAAAUAUGGCGCCAUUUGGAGGAAAACAUGGCCAAUGACCCUGAUUGGUUGCAUCAAGAGGGCGAAGAGCAUCUGCGCCGAGCGGCCGAGAGCAAGUACGUCUACAUCGCCGAAGAGUCUACUUUGGAGAUGUGGGACGACCCACGGCGAUGUGAUUUACAAAUGCUAAGCGAAAACUUUUAUUUUGGCAAAUAUGCAGUUGGCCUACCCAAGCAAAGUAAAUACACACAGCUAUUCUCAAAACAAAUAUUGAAAAUAUAUGAAAGCGGCCUCCUGCAUAUGUGGUGGAAUCAAUGGAAACCCAAACAUCAAUGUGAGCCGCCAAGCAGAAAAUCCAAGAGGAUGGACAUUUUAGCCUUGCAGAGUGCUUUCUAUGGUGCAGGGGUGGGUGUGGCCAUGGCACUCGUGGUCCUUAUGAUUGAAUUCAUUAAUUACCGGAGAUGUAAACAAAGAGAGCAAGGACAGUCUGUGAGUGUUGAAGAGUCAGUGUGCCCUGAUAAGUCAUCUCAGGGUCAAUCCCACGAAGACACACCUUCUAUAACCUGAAGUACAACAGUGUUGUACAAGAAGGACCUUUUUGAGACUUGGCACGUGUAAUCACAUCUUGAUGAUAUCAGCAGAAAUGCAUUGGCUUCAAGUAUUAGACAUGUCGAUUAUGUUGUAAGGUACAAUCGUCCAUUGGCAUCGCUGUAUCGUCUAACAAUCGGUUAAAGGGUCUCAUCAGGAUCAGCUUGCAAAUCGGUCAUGUCGACGACCAUCGUGAGCAUCUGUGAAUAGAAGAUACUGUCAAAUCCAACUAACAUUCCAGUUGACACAUCCACCAGGUAAUUAGAAAUGAUCUAACCUGUCAGGUUAGGAGGCGUUUUCACAGCUAUUUUGCCCGUUACUUCAAAUGGAAUCUGUUUAGCGGAUAAUCAAGACUGGUUACUCGCUAACAUUGACGUUUAAUAUUUACUUGAACUUGGUCGGUGUUUCGGUUGGUGGGCUGAAGUCCCCGAGUUCCAUCCUAAGGUCAGUAGCAUUUCUAUGCUGAGACAACUAUAAGAGAAAUGUUUGGGCCAAGGCAGUCAAACUGCCUUCCACCGCCACCCACUCCCCCUACCCCACUAAUAUAUUUUAAAAACGUUUACUUACAAGCAGCAGAAUCUCUGCACUUGGCAGUAGUAGCACAUAUAGUUGUUAUUAGUUUCAACAAAAUCGGUAAAUGCACUAUCGUGUCACUGGAUUUUAUGAUUGAUCGAUCACUUGAUUGUCCGGUUUGAUAACAGGUCACCGUCGCAUGGCAGAAGUACUGCUGUGCGGCGUCAGGCAAUAGAUACCUACUUUUUAUGUAAAUUGCGUGAAAAAUGUUUACUUUUCACAGCUUGCUUUGCCCUGUUCGCUCAGUGGAGUCUUUUUCGGCGGAAGAUCUAAGACUAAGACAAUGAUCUAAAACUUUAAAAGUGAUCCUAGCUUCAACUAAAAUCCAGUGUCUUGAGUCUUGAAUGCUUCACAAGAGGAUUAUUAUUAUUUAUGUAAUUUGUUUUACAGAACAUGGUGUUGCCAUGGAAAAGAAUUAUAUAUUCUCAUGUAUAGCUGUUUGCAGUGGCCUUUUACGGCAAGCAUGGGUUGCUGGAGACCUAUUCUACCCCCGAUCUUCACGGGUUGGGGUGACAUCGAGGUGUUGCAAUUUUAAUGGUACUCAAUUCAUAACAGCAAGUCUGAAAUUUAAUCAAUUUUAUGUUUUUCGUCAGUCCCAAUCUUUCCCUGUUUCUACUGUAUUCUCUCGUUGUUCUUCACGAUUGGAAUUUCUAACG